AUGUCUGCUAUAACCGUUCGCUGCCCACCGCGCAGCAAAGGCUGCGAACAGUGCAUUUUACGGCGCGUCAAGUGCGAUGAAAGAGCUGGAUGCUGCAGGCAAUGCACCCGCUUUGGCCUGCCUUGUUCAGGGGCAGUACGCGGUGCAGUCUUCCUCGACAUGACUGAGAAGGUAUCCUGUAACAAGCGAAAGCCACAGAAGAAAAGGAAAAAGAAGACGACAAGCACACCCAAAGCUACCGAAGAUCAGGUAUAUGAGUUUGUUACCGGAGAUGACAUUGCAACAUGCCAUGUCGGCGUCGAGGAGAGGAACUGCCCAACAACCCCCCUGUCAUCUUGCGGUCUUACGGCGGAAAAUGAAGAUACGUCUCUCGAAUUUUGUCUCUCUGGAGAUGAAUAUAGAGACGAUAUGAGCUAUAGUAGUAUUAUGAACGGAUCAAAUACUGAGCUCUCGUUUUCUCUCAGUAACGAUCAAUUCUCCGACGCAGACGUCUUUAGCUACGACGCAUCUAUUCCGCCCGCUCUAGCCACCUCUGCUUACGAUGAAUACUGUUUUGUGAGCAACUUCACUCAGCUGCUUACUAGCUCUCGCCGAAAUUACUCCAGUCUUAGACCAGAAUCUUGGAUACCCAAGCUUCCCUACCUUGUUGCAACGAAUUCAUUACCCUCUCCACUCAAGUAUGCGCUACACGCCGUUGCGCUCUUGUACCAUGCCGUCACUCAUGAUUAUAGAGCUGAAGUACCCGCUGUAAAAUUUUAUGUGGCUGGCAUAGAGAGCUACCGCUCUAUGGUACUCGGCAGCCAAGCAAAAGAAACGCCAAUGCUUUCGAUAUCGGGAGAAGACUUAGAUACAGAAAUGCCUCAUGCAUCGAAUAUUGUAGCAGUUUGUGGCCCAAUACUGUUCUCAUUCUAUGAAGCGCUCCAAGAUGCUGGAUCUGACGCGGAGCUGCUCCAUCACUCAGUAGCUAUAGAGAUGUUGCAGGCUCGUGGUCCCGAGAAAUGCGUUGAUGGCCUUGCUCAUAGCGUGAUGCGGUCUAUGAGAGUCAAAGAGGCAUUCCAUUCUAUUAUGCAAAACCGAUCUGCAAGCUUUUCUUCGCCUGAAUGGCUGUCUGUACCGUUUCAGCAAAAGCACAAAAUUUGCUAUGACAGAUUAAUUGAUAUCCUCCUCUCCUUUACCACGACGCUCCAUCUUCCCCAUAUGAAUCAGCGCGGUGCAAAAUUGAGAAGUUCGAUACACCGCAUCCACGACCUUUCCACAACUCGCAAAAACGUCAUUGAAAAGAAGGUAACGGUUCUCCAAGAACAAUUACAAAACUGGUGGUUAGAAUUUCAAGAUGAGCACCGUGAGAUUAGUGCUCAAAAUUCUGGAACCUCAUCCAUUCUUGAUGCUGCCGAUGUAGCUGCUGCCUCUCCCUCAUCCGUCCUCCCGUUAUCUGGGCCGUGGAUGAUAGCCAAUAAAGAAACGCUCACUUCGAGUAUGGUUUCUAUCUAUAGUUCUAUCCACAUCAUUCUUCACUCUAUCCUUCUCAUAAUCUCAUUAUCGAGGACCCCAGGCUCGAUCGAGCCCGGAGGUCAGUCGGCGGUUGAUAUUCAUCAGGCCGCAAUUUCGAUGUAUGUAACAAGCGUUUUCAAUGCUGCCCUAUAUCUCAACAUGGUCAAUCCGUUUUGUGGCGACGCUCUCCGUACAAAGUUCUCUAUAAGUAUUGUUGCUCAGUUUGCCUUGGAAGAUGGGCAGCGGGAUGAAGCGCAGCGAAUGCUCAGCCAGUGGAAGCUUCGAGAUAUGGCAACAUCUAGAUAA